AUGAGCAGCAACUCUCAUACCGGCCUCUACCCGUCGUCCAACAGCAGCACCUCCACGCUGAGACCCCGUGCCCCUCGAUUGAUAUCCUAUCUUGACGAUGACGCCACGGACACAACCUCCAUCUCGACUUCCGCGAAUACACACGCAUCGCAUCCGGUCAGCAGAGGAGUAUCUCCUGAGUCACAUGGCGUACCGAGGCGCUCCAAGUCUGUAGAUAAAGGGAAGAAUCCUCGCUCUGGCAACACAUACUCGAGGCCUUCCUCAGAGCAGCAGACACACUCAGGGGGGGUAGGCAUAUGGGAGUCAUGGUCGUCUAUACAAGGGCUAGCCUCGACGUUGUUAGGGGGGGAGCCGUCCGGAUCAUCGGGCUCCAAGUCCAAUGGAGUAAUCAAGAAGCCUCUGUGGAUGAAGCAAGACAAUCCAUACGGAACCAGGAUCUCGACGCCAAAAUGGGGUCCCAGUCAUGAGCCCUCGACCAGCGCUGCACGAGCAGCCAUUGAAGAGAGGAAGGCCAUGGUCGAAGCGAAAAAGAGGGAGGCGUUACUUCUUGCAAGUGUGUCUGAAAGCCGAGACACCUGGGGACGGUAUAAGAGAAGGGACUCGGAUGUCGGUGCAACUGAUUCUACAUCGAACGACGCGAGUGAAGACGCACUAGUUUACCUGCAUAAAGUUGAGAAAGGAGAUACUCUCGCUGGAGUCAUCAUCAAGUAUAAUUGCCAGGCCGAACCCUUCCGCAAGAUUAAUCGAUUUUGGCCGAACGAUAAUAUCCAGACAAGAACACAUGUCUUAGUGCCGUUGGCAGGCUGUACAGCAAGAGGCAGGAAGGUCGACAGUCCCUAUCUUACAAACGACAUGUUCGACUCCAGGCAGGAUUAUCCAACGAGCCCUGCGGCUGAUACACCUCAAGAGGGUCAGUCUUUGUCGCCCAAUCUAUCAAAUUCGGGCAUAUCCUCCAAGCGUGACUCGGAGGCACUGUCAAUUACCACUUCUCACGCCGAAGAGAUUGACUUCAAGCAUGACUCCUGGGUGCUACUGCCGAACCUCGAAACACCUAUCGAGGUUUUGCGCGUCCCUAGACGCGCGCUCGGCUUCUUUCCCCGCGCUCGACGGAAAUCAAACGCGACUCUCACUGAUGCAGCGUCGAAUUGUACGCCCAAGACAUCUUUUGACAUGCUCCGUCAUCCUCCAACACAUGCGGCGCGGACAUCGGGAUCCUUGGGGGGCUCACCAGCACGCCGUCCACAGGUGAAAGAUCGAGGGCUUUCGGGGAGGCAACGCUCGUCGAGUGUGACCAGUAAUACUUUUGCUGAUGCUCUCCGCGGGCCUGGUGGAGUGGGAACUCUGCGCGGUCUUCGGACAGAAACGUCGCGUCCCGGUCCGGCAGAAGACCCUCUCAACCGCAACCUAGCAAAGUACCUCCCUGAUCUGCUUCAGCCUGAAGAUAUGCCUCGCACGGGGUUCAGCCUGCGACCGUCGCCACGAGCCACACCUCGCCCAAGUACAGACUCACUUCGAAGCUCCCGGUCCAACAGCUCUGGUCUCGGCGAAGUCGGUGGUGCGAUUGAAGGCUGGGUGCGGAAAAUGGCUGGGGUCAAGAGGGAAAGAGGCGCGGCUAUUGGCAAGAUGGGUGACUUGAUAGAGCUGGAAACCAAUGCUGAGCUCGCUGGAGUGGGUAUCAACGGGCAAGAGGGAGCAACUAGCAUUGAGGACACAGCGGAGAUGCCCACGCCAACUAUACCGACCAUGACUACUGCUACUACUACUACUUCUACUACUACUACCGCAACGACCGCCACAGAAGAAGCAUUGCUGAACGAGCGAUUUCCGAUCCGGGGUCAUCGUGUUACAAAUGCAUACGCCUCUACUUCGGGCCCGACUAAGGACAAGGAUGACUGA